AAGCAAUUCUCCUGCCCAGGCCUAGCACUACGCAAAUGGUAGCUUUUACACUGUAAAGAAUGCGCAACCGAAGACUCUGAACAAGCUUCAUCAUUAUCCUGACCCAGCUACCAGAGGUUUACUCAUCUUCGAGUCUUUCGCGACACUGACCUUAUCGAUUACUCUCCUAUACCUUAUUUGCCUACCACCCUUACUCAACUUCGAAAUGAACACCAUAGAAACAGAUGUCAUAAUCUGCGGCAGCGGUUCCGCAGGCCUCUGCACCGCGAUCUGGCUAGCCCAAUCCCACAUCCCCUUUCGCAUCCUCGAGAGCCGCCCUGGUCGCUUGGAAAUAGGACAAGCCGACGGUGUAGCCGUCCGUACCGUCGAAAUAUUCGAAAGCCUAGGGAUAUCCGAAGAGCUGUUACGCGAAGCCUAUCAUGUUACCGAAUUGACAUUUUGGAGCGUUGGGAAAGAUGGGAAGUUGCAGAGGACGGGGAGAGCGGAGGAUACGCCAAACGGGUUGUCGCAUUUACCACAUGUUAUUCUUAAUCAGGCGAGGGUCAAUGGGUUAUUGCUGGAAAAAAUGUUCAGCUAUGAUCUUGAACAGGAGAUUGAUUAUGGGCAUGAGGUGACUGCUGUUGUUAUCAAUCGGGAAGGGGAGCGUCCUGUGGAAGUUCACGCAGAACACAAUGGGCAAAAGAAGAUCUUUCGAGCCAAGUAUGCUGUGGGCUGCGACGGAGCACAUAGCAGUGUUCGCCGCUCGCUAGGAUACAAAAUGGUUGGCGACAGCUCAAAUGCCGUCUGGGGUGUAAUGGACAUAUUUCCACGCACGAACUUCCCGGAUAUACGCAAAAAAGCCACUAUUCACACGGACGCUGGUUCAAUUGUCAUAAUACCCCGAGAAGGUGGUUAUAUGGUUCGCUUCUACGUUCAAAUGCCCGCUGGAACGGAUGCAAAAGGCAUGAGCCUUGGAGACCUGCAGGGACGAGCGCAGGGUAUAUUUAAGGGCUACGAGAUGGAGUUUCCGCAUACUUACUGGUGGUCUGCUUAUUCGAUUGGUCAACGUUUGGCUAAUGAAUUCAGUGCUGAAGAUCGGGUGUUUCUAGCCGGCGACGCUUGCCACACACAUUCACCCAAAGCUGGACAAGGCAUGAACGUCAGUCUACAAGAUGGCUACAACAUUGGCUGGAAGCUAGUACAGGUGCUCCGCGGACAGAUCAAGCCAAAAGUCAUCCAAAUCUACGUCUCCGAACGCCGGAAGGUGGCAGCCGAUCUGAUCGAUUUUGACAAGUCUCUCAAUGCUCUCUACGCUACCUCCAAGACUGCAAGCUCUACCCAUGAUGAGGCUGAGAAUGCAAAAAAAUUCCAAGAGCACUUUCUACGCAGUGCAAAGUACAUGGCCGGUCUAAUGACUAGCCACGAAGACUCAAUACUAGUCGACAUACGAAACAGCGAUCAAGAUUCUGUUGUGAACAUUACCCCUGGCAUGAGAUUUCCAAGUGUACAAGUAGUGCGACUUUCUGACGCCACGGCUAUACAACUUGGUAAAGUUUUGCAGUCUGAUGGCUGCUGGAGGAUUCUGGUAUUCGUUGGCGACAUCCAAACUCAAGGUGGGAAAGAACGACUACAGCAUGCAGCAAGCUACCUUGCGUCAGAGCAGAGCCCGCUGACCCGUUAUGCGACCUCUAACAGUGGUUCAACUUCCUUCAUUGAAUUGAUACUCGUGGUUGCAGACCACAGAGCUGACAUCGAGAUGCAUCACGAUAUACCCUCCCUAUUCUAUCCGCCUACCGGACCAUACGGACUUGACGAUAUCAACAAGAUCUUUGUCGACGACGAAAGCUAUAAUCAUGGUCAUGGACAUGCUUAUGAUGCCCUUGGUAUUGACAAGAGUAUCGGAAGUGUGGUGGUCAUUCGACCUGAUCAAUGUAUAUCUCUCUAUCCUCCGCUCACCUUUAUGUCGGUCAAAGUCACUAACAUGUUCAAUUAGAUGUCUCGAUAGUUACUCGUGUAGCCAAUAUCGCAAAAAUUGGCAACUUCUUCAAUACCUUGAUGUGUUGAGUAUUGGUCUUCC